AUGGUCAUUGAUCAUUAUACAGACUUAGAUUUUGUCCUUAAGGAUUUUAGUGUUCAAUUUGACGUCUUUAAAAAUGAAUGUAGCACAGAAACCUUUGAGUACAAAGAUUAUUUAAACUAUGAAAAUGGUACUUCAAAUACUGAAGUUCCUUGUCUUGGAAUUUCUAAGAGUCAAAAUGUUAAGCUACCUAAGUUUACUUUUCAUACACUCAUCAUUUCAAAUUAUCCUGAUUAUGAAUCUUAUGGCAUAUUCCCUUUCGAAUCUAUAAAUUUAUUGAAAGCUGUAAUAGAUAUUUUUAAAUCUUCAAAUAAGUUGAAACCAAAAUAUGCUAGUCUGUAUUUCACAGGAGUAAAUAAUUGUGGUCCAACUUUUCUAAAUCAAAAUGCUAGUCGAAUUAAUUAUAAAUUGAUUAAUUGCGUUGGUUGUAAUCAAGGUUCUUCUUGUAUUUGUGGAAAUAAAAUAUUGAAAGAAAAUCUGAAAUAUACAUCAUAA